GAAUGUGACGACAAAGGAGAUUUGAGUGAAUUUACUUCGGGCAGUUUGAUUUGCGCCAUCAGUUUAACUUCACACGACGUGGCGAGACUUCUGAAGAUUCUUCCAAGGAUUCUGCAGAGAAGAAUGGAAACUGCGAAUGGUCAGCACUUCGACUCCGGAUCGGCGGAGCUGAAUGACAAGAUCGCGCAGUGGCUGGAGUGGGACAAGUGCGACGUCACGCUGGCGGAGAUCCGGCGUCUGGCGGAGGAUUGCGAGUGGGAGAAGCUGAAGGUGCUGCUGCUCACGCGUCUGUCCUUCGGCACGGCGGGCUUGCGGGGCGCCAUGCGGGCCGGCUUCAGUGGCAUGAACGAGCUGGUGGUGCUGCAGACGGCGCAGGGACUGCUCAAACACAUCCAGGAAUGUUAUCCAGCGCCGGAGCAGCAGCGCCGCGGCGUCGUGUUCGGCUUCGACGGACGCCAUCAGAGCAGACGCUUCGCUGAGAUCUCCGCCUCGAUCUUCCUGCGCGCCAACAUUCCAGUCUUUCUCUAUGGCAAGACUGUGGCCACGCCGAUGGUGCCGUUUGCGGUGCUGGAGAAGCAGUGUCUGGCCGGCGUGAUGGUGACGGCGUCGCACAAUCCCAAGAACGACAACGGCUACAAGGUUUACUGGACGAACAGCGCGCAGAUCAUCUCGCCGCACGACAAGGGCAUUCAGAGCGGGAUCCUGAACAAUCUAGCGCCCUGGCCGAAGAGUUGGAGUGUGGAUAACCUCGAUUCGCCGCUCCUCGCCGAUCCCUAUGACGACAUGGUGGCGCUGUACAUGGAGAAGCUGCUGAAGAACAUCCCCAGAGUUCUGAUCGACGACUACAACGCGCGGAGCGACGUCCAAUUCGUCUACUCCGCCAUGCACGGCGUCGGCUGGCCGUUCGUCGAGCGCGGCUUCGCCGUGGCCGGCCUCAGUGCGCCUCUGGCCGUGGCUGAGCAAAGAGAUCCAGACCCGGAGUUCCCCACAGUGCAAUUCCCGAAUCCCGAGGAGGGCAAGUCGAGCCUCGUGCUGAGCAUCAAGUUGGCCAAUGAGUCGCAGUGCGGCGUGAUCCUGGCCAAUGAUCCGGACGCGGACAGGCUCGCGUGCGCCGAGAAGAAUCCCGCGAGCGGCGAAUGGAAGGUGUUCACGGGCAACGAACUGGGCGCGCUGCUCGGCUGGUGGGCAAUUGAGUGCUGGAAGCGAACGCAUCCAGACGGUGUGCGCGACGAUUGCUAUCUACUCGCGAGCACCGUGAGCUCGAAGAUGCUGGCGUCCGUGGCCAAGGCGGAGGGAAUGCACUUCAUCGAGACGCUGACGGGCUUCAAGUGGAUGGGAAACAAGUCAGUGGAGUUGCUGGCGGAGGGAAAGAGUGUGCUGUUCGCCUUCGAGGAGGCCAUUGGCUUCAUGUUUUCGCCCACAGUGCUGGACAAGGAUGGCGUGAGUGCUGCCUGUCAUCUGGCCACGAUGACGUGCUUCUUGCGCCAGGAGGAGAACAAAUCGCUGACGGAGAAGCUGGAGGAUCUCUACAGGCAGUACGGAUUUCACUACACCCUCACUUCCUACUUCCUCUGCUACGAUCCCGUCGUCAUUGUGCAGAUCUUCGAGAGGAUUCGCAACUUCCGCGGCGAGAACACCUACCCGACGAGCAUUCUCGACGGCAAGUACGCCAUCAAGUACGUGAGGGACUUGACGACGGGCGUUGACACUGCGCAGAGCGACGGCAAGGCUGUGUUUCCGGUGAGCAGGAGUUCGCAGAUGAUCACGUUCACCUUCGAGAAUGGCACCGUGGUGACGCUGAGGACGUCCGGAACGGAGCCCAAGAUCAAAUACUACGCAGAAAUGUGCGCACAGCCCGGCCAGAGUGACUGGAAUGCGCUCAAGGACGUGCUGAGCGAAAUGGUGCAGAACAUUGUUCAGGAAUUGCUGCAGCCGGCGAAGCAUAACUUAAUACCAAAGCCAGAGUAGAAAACUUCGGGGGAAGUCAGUGAAAUUCUAGCUUAUCUGUCUCUAUAUAAACAACUCUUCUAUAACAUUGGCAUCCUUUCUGAUAGAGAAAUCUCUUUCCACAUAAAAAAAAAACAUGUUAGAAUAGAAAGAAAGCUUUGCUUUCUUUAUCACUCAUGAAAAAAAAUGACAAUUUCUCUUCAUGUUUAGCAACUUGUUAAAUGUCUCGAAGAUAUUUUCUUUCCACUUUAUUCCUGAACAUUAACACUUUAUAACUAAUAAUUCUUUCCACAUCUCAACUAACUUUAAUCGUCUUUCCAAUAUUAAUAGUUUCUUAUCAUGUGAUAUAUUUGCAAAAAUCGAUCAAAGUAUGCAAUAAGUGAUGCUAAUUUUAUUUAGUUCUUGAGUUACUUAAAGCUUUCGGUCGCUUUAUUUAGAAAUACAAUAGUUGAAUUAAAGCCAGGAAUAAUGAAAUGAUUAUUAUUGAUGCUUUCAAAGGAGAGAAAAUAUGUAGAAAUCUUGUGUUAAUGGCAUUUUUAUCAUUUCUUGGAUGAUUUGAUUUCUCGAAAAAUGGCGCUUCAAACUUCCUUAUAAUUUCGGAAAAUCCUUUUUUUUAUCUACAGUUUAGAGAAAUUUUACAACUGAUUUGCAGUCACAAUUUUAAAAUGUGGUGUAAUUAAUAUAUUAGUGUUUAUAGAAGUAAUGAAUAAAAGACAAGAAUAAAUAUUAAUAAGUGUGUA